CGAAGUUACGAGAUAUACGCCGAUUGUGGUGAGAAUCUGGUCUGUAAGAUGCGGACAGACAUGGAGGCCAAUGACCCGCCGGAAGCCGUGUGCUAUUGCCUGAAAGACGAGCCCAUCUGCGGCUCCGAUGGCAUCACAUAUGAGAACGAAUGCAAACUCACGGAAGAGAGGUAUCGCCAGAGGAAUGGUUUGGUGGCCUCGACUCGCGGCCCCUGUAAUACAGUGCCGAAGAUCGUGUCGCCGCCCGAAGACAUCACCAAUAAGACGGGCAGUUAUGUGGCCUUUUCGUGUGAGGCCAAGGGCUGGCCGGUGCCCAUCAUCGAGUGGAGGGUCCAGAGGGACUCGGACGUGAAGGCGCUGCCCAGCGACGACCCCCACAUAGCCGUCCAGUCCCGGGGCGGCCCCAGUAGCUACGAGGUGACCGGUUGGCUACAGUUGCUGGACAUCACGCACGUAGAUCAGGGCACCUACUACUGCGUGGCCAAGAACUCCGAGGGCGAGACCAAAGCCGCGGCUAAGCUAGUGGUCAGGGAUGGUAGGCAUAGGACUCACGGAUUCGCCGAGAAUGAGAUUUAAGCGCAAGUUUUCCGCUGUUU